AUGGAUGUCCCAGAUCUUUAUCAGUCGCCGUCCAUUCCCUCCCGCCGAAAACAACAGUCCUCUUCUUCCCAGGCCGUGUCCAUGCUCUCGUCUCCGGCCGCGCAAACAUUUGCGCAUAUUCACCCCUUGCUCGUGCUCUCCGGGUUCGCAAUCCGGUUUCAGGCACUUGUGGAUGAUCCCGUAUCUGCAUUGGCCGGUUUACUGCCUGCAGUAUGCGCGGUGCAAGCUGCCUACGUGAUUAUCUGUCUACCUGCCGCUGGAAAGGAUGGCCUUGGGAAAGAAAAGGGGAAAUCGGGACACAAGCGGAGGGCUGGAGCAGCGGGCAGCAGCGGAGAUGGUGACAGCAGACUGGGCGAAAGAAUAGUGCCAGCAAUCCUAUCUCUACUUUUAACUCUCCUCCUCGGUACACCUUUUCUUACCAUCCUUCUCGUACUAUUUGGCGCUCCCGUUACCACACACAUCACGCACACCCUCCUUUGCGCUGCGCACAUGUCUGUACUCUCGGGAACCAGCCUCGUUUAUGUCCACGGGACUGACAGUGCCGUAUGGCGGGAAAUCUGGGCCGCAUCGAGGCCGGUAGAUAGCGUUUGGGGAGCAGCUGUUGGAACGGGCUUGGGCGCAUGGCUGGGCGCGGUGCCCAUUCCGUUGGAUUGGGAUCGUCCAUGGCAAGCAUACCCGAUUACAAUCGCCACGGGUGCAUAUUUAGGUUAUGCGCUUGGCUCCUCAAUGGGGAGAACGCCACUAUUUUACGGCAAGCGGAUCCAGUUCGCUGACGAAGAAGAAGAUGAUGAAGAUAUCUCAACAGAAAAUGAAAAUCGGAAGCAGAUUCAGUCGUCGGAGAAUAACCCAGAGCCAUCCCAAGACGCGCGAAGCAAACAGAUAUCACAGCAAAGCCCGAAACACAAGCAAAAACAAAAAGGUCAAAAGUCAUAA